GUGUCUCAUAUCGUCUGGGUGACGGCGCGGUCCAGCCGCAUGCGUUUGUUUCCGCCGUGGCUCCGUUCGGCCUGAGCGCUGCGGUGGGUUGUGCGAGACAGACGCCGCGUCAGUGGGAGUCAACACUGGUGCUGCUCCGGGGGGGGGACGCUGCUCACGGUCCGCCUCAAUAGGGCGACCCAGCUCCGAUGUCGGGCGGAAUCCAGACUGGACCCACUGAGACUGCUCCGGACUUGGCGGACAAGAGGUCAAAUGAAGCCGUUGGGAUACAUCUUCAAGUCCUGCACUGAUGGUUUGAGCAUAAUUUUCAGUUCUGCGCGCGCAGCGACAGUGCCUGACUCUGCUCCUGGGCCUCAUCUUCUGCCGCAGCAGUGUCCGGCUCUUCAGGGCCGCUCCGUCCUCCGAGUGGAAACAUGACCGUUGCCAAUGCAAAGUCAGAUUCUGGUAUGCCUCGGGGAGCUCAUCAACAGCUGGGACCUGCAGCCACUUUUAGUGACGUUGCCUCCUCCUCAGCCAUGCAGCAGGUUCUGGACAACCUGAGAGAGCUCUCUCCAGGCUCUGCAGCCAAGGAAAUCGACCUGAUCUUCCUCAAGGGGAUCAUGGAGAGUCCCAUUGUCCAGUCCCUAGCCAAGGCCCACGAGCGCCUCGAGGAAGUGAAGCUGCAAGCUGUGAGCGAGGACAACAUGCAGCUGGUGACGGAGAUCCUGGAGUCGCUGACAGAAAAAGACGCCGCCUCAGAGGAGCUGAGGAAAAUCCUGCAGGAGCCUCAUUUCAGGUGUCUGAUCGAGGCCCACGAUAAAGUGGCUGCUAAGUGCUACGAAAUGCCUCAAGUGGAGGUGACCUGCAACAACGCGUUGACCAGCUCGCUCGUGCCGGCGGAUGCCAUCCGAGUGAUCGGCAUCAAAAAGAAGACUGGAGAACCUUUGGGGGUGACCUUCCGGGUGGAGCGCGGGGAGAUGGUGAUCGCGAGGAUCCUGCACGGCAGCUCCAUCGACAGGCAAGGCAUGCUGCACCCCGGCGACAUCAUCCGCGAGGUCAACGGUCAAGAGGUGGGCCGCGACCCCCACGGGCUGCAGGAGCUGCUGAAAAACUGCAGCGGGAGCAUCACGCUGAAGGUUCUGCCCAGCUACAGAGACGCACCUGCACCCCCACAGGUUUAUCUGAAGCCUCACUUCAACUACAACCCUGCCGCGGACAACCUGAUCCCCUGUAAGGAAGCUGGCCUGGCCUUCUCGAAGGGAGACAUCCUGCAUCUGGUCAACAAGGAGGACCCCAACUGGUGGCAGGCUCGUCAUGUGGUCGGUGGAGCCACCGGCCUGAUCCCCAGUCACUUUCUGGAGGAGAAGAGGAAAGCGUUUGUGAGGAAAGACUGGGACGUCUCUGGUUCAGGCCUGCUGUGCGGACCUCUCGCCGGGAGGAGGAGGAGGAGGAAGAAGAAGAAAAUGAUGUACCUCACUUCUAAGAAUGCAGAGUUUGACCGCUUCGAGCUGCAGAUCUACGAGGAGGUUGCCCGGAUGCCCCCCUUUCAGAGGAAAACUCUGGUUCUGAUCGGAGCUCAGGGCGUCGGCCGGAGGAGCCUGAAGAACCGGCUCAUCGUCAUGAACCCUCUGCGUUACGCUACCACUGUACCCUUCACGUCGCGCAGCCCCCGCGAAGAGGAGCGGGACGGACAGAGCUACUGCUUCGUGAGCCGCGCCCAGAUGGAGAAGGACAUUAAGGACAGCCGCUACCUGGAACACGGGGAGUACGACGGGAACCUUUACGGCACCAAGAUCGAUUCCAUCCAUGAGGUGGUGAACGCCGGCCGCACGUGCAUCCUGGACGUAAACCCUCAGGCUCUGAAAGUGUUGAAAACUGCUGACUUCGUGCCAUUCGUGGUGUUCAUCGCCGCUCCAGAACUGGACACGCUGAGAGCCAUGCACAAAGCUGUGGUGGACGCCGGACUCACCACCAAACUUCUCACGGAAGUGGACCUGAAGAAGACGGUGGACGAGAGCGCCAGGAUCCGUCGCGCGUACAGCCACUACUUCGACCUGACCAUCGUCAACGACAAUCUGGACAAGGCUUUUGACAAGCUGCAGGAUGCGGUGGAGCGGCUGUUCGUCGAGCCGCAGUGGGUGCCGGUCAGCUGGGUCUACUGACAUGGAGAAGCUCAACACUGUGCCGCACGUGACUGUGGGCCUGUGUAGACGCUGCAGUGGACCGACGGCGGUCUGCGACGGCACACUAUGCAACUCGCACAGGAAGUGUUCUUAUUUAUUGGCUGUUUUAGGGUUUGUUUGUUUUUUAAUACCGUCUUCUGACAGGAAGCAUGUCGGCGCCACCUCCACUUUACUUUGUAUGUGAGAAGAGUAUUUAUUCAGUGGAGACGAGCGCAAGCUCCUCGGUCAGGAUGAUACCUCAGUGUGUGAGUUUACAGUGUAUCCGCCUCUCGUCCGUGUUCGUCAACACAUGUGGUGGUGUCUUGGUGAGAGCCUGACCGAGAGGUCAGUCACGGCUUUCUGUUCAGUGUUCCCUCCACAUGUUUGUGUCAUCGACUGUCCCUAGAGUCAAUACGGUGCUGCGAUGAGUGAACUUUCCACACGACUCUUAACAGGGUCAGGCCACGUCUCAGAGAACCACCCCUCCUGGCGUGAGGUUACCAAGACUGUUCAAAAUCUUAAUAUUUACUUCCAAAGGUUUUAUUUUGCAAUAUCUCCGAAAAAAAAAGAUGUAUUUUCAGAUGUGAAAUAAAACGUGUUUUCUAUGGAUUCACAUUUGAGGGAUGGGAAAAGACUCGUGUCCU